AUGUCAUGGCGCGCUGGUAUGACCGCGUCUCAAAUUAGCACGCUGCAGCCCCGCAGCGCUGGACUCUGGCGCCGGCGAUAUCGCUACCUCGUCGACGUUGAACCGAUGUCCGCGUCAUAUAUCCCUGCGCUAGUGCCGAUCGCCAUCGACAAUUUGACGGUUUGGAUAGGCCGUCCCCCGGGCGACGAAUAUGAAACGGGGACCGCGGUCUGGCCCGGCACCGACGCAGGGGAGGCUGUUGAUCGUUCGUUUAUAGGUAGUCCCCAGCCGGCCGGCGACGCCGCGCGCCGGGUUGGCAGCGCGAGCGGCGGCGGUGAGAGCCCUCCAACGCGCUGCGACUGUAUUUAA